UUUGCUCACACUCUGCCUGCCAUUUUGUAACAUAGAAGGGAGAUAAAAAAUAGUUUUAUGGUUUUUAAAUUAUUUAAAAUCCUUGCCAAUUUUAUUAAGAUCCACAACAAAUGCAUAAAUGGACGCUUCGUCCAUCAUAACUCAGGUGUCACGGGAUGACGAGCAGUUAAACAACUAUGGAUCCGAAAGAGGACCGCUUCCAGGUGUACAGCAAAAUGAAGGGGAUGGUGGUACCCCAGUUUCGGGUUCGACCCCUAUCGGUAGUAAAAAGUCAAGUGGUACUGGAGGAUUCCUGCGAUCUUUAUUGUGUUGUUGGAGAGGAGGACGAGGCAAGGGUCCUCCUAGUGGGAAUGGCACCAACAGUAUUGAUGGAAGGGCCUCCCCACCACUGCUUGUUAUGUCAGACCAUGCUCCUCGACCACUACUGCCACCCGUGAGACAUCAAGAUAUGCACAAAAAAUGUAUGGUAAUAGAUCUGGAUGAAACAUUAGUGCAUAGCUCAUUUAAGCCAAUAAACAAUGCGGACUUCGUUGUGCCGGUGGAGAUCGACGGCGCCGUGCACCAGGUGUACGUGCUGAAGCGGCCGCACGUGGACGAGUUCCUGCGGCGCUGCGGCGAGCUGUACGAGUGUGUGUUGUUCACAGCCUCGCUCGCCAAGUACGCGGACCCGGUCGCCGACCUGCUCGACAGAUGGGGCGUGUUCCGCGCGCGCCUGUUCCGCGACAGCUGCGUGUUCCACCGCGGCAACUACGUGAAGGACCUCACCAGCCUGGGACGUGACCUGCGCCGAGUCGUAAUCGUCGACAACUCGCCCGCUUCCUACAUCUUCCACCCGGACAACGCGGUUCCUGUGGUAUCCUGGUUCGACGAUAUGACAGACUCUGAGUUGUUGGACUUGAUACCUUUCUUCGAGAAACUCAGCAAAGUGGACAGUGUGUACACAGUGUUGCGGAACUCCAACCAUCCGUACAACCCCACACAGAACGCCUCUCCCUCUAUGUAGCGGCGUGUGUUCAUCUCCCUCGACUGUACUUACAAACCUCCCCCCGAGCCCGCAACGCACACCAACGAAGUGAUGCGGACAAAUGCCUGUACAGUCGCGUUCAACACGCAAAUAAUUCGUCCAAGUUCGGUUACAGGUGCGUACAGCACGCAAGCAAGUGCGUGCACAGUCGCGUAUAACACGCAAACAAUUCGUCCAAGUUCGGUUACAAGCGCGUACAGCACGCAAUCAGUGCGUCCUAGUUUGAGUGCAGCCGCGUCUAACACGCACUUCCCGUACACACGAUCGUUCCCGCUACGAGACACGCACAUAAACAAAGUGCGUAUACACGAAACGGACACGGUAAAGUGUUGCGCGGUGUAUCACUCGUGUCCCACAGACGAGCUGGAAGCGUCUCUCAUGGCUCCCAGCAAGAACUCUCCGGUCGUCUCGUUCAUCCGGAUGCUCGUGAACCGAGGGGCGAACUAUAUAAGUGCCAAUUUUGCCUUCUGGAUAGUAAGGACUCUAUUUGUACCUAUUUUACAGUUUAGGUAUUUCUUAGUACGUAAGUGGUCAGUGUGAAUGUCUUGUAUUAACUCCCAGUUUCACACACGUUCGAUUGCUGUUAAGCUUGCGAUUUGUAUCAUAUUUGUGUACACAGUACUGUGUACCUUCGGUUUGAAUCAGCUAUGGUGAAACAAAAUCCGAUUUUAUCCUUUUUAUAUCGUGCUUGGGAUCAAAUAUUGUUAAGUUAGUGUAUUUCCCUGUUUGCCGAGUAUUAUAAUAUAAAAUAACAACUUCACACUGUUUAUAGACUUUGGUGUAAUCACGAAUUUUUUUAUUCGACUGCUAUUGUAAGUUUACAGCUAGAGAAAUGUGUAAAUAUAUUUGUAUUACGCUUAUACCUUACGGUAUAGAGCAUAAGGUUCGAAAUCGAUUGACUACAGUGUAUCAUAUUAUAGUAUUAUAGAUUUACCAGUUUUCUUCUGUUCGCAUUGGACUUGAGAGUGAGAGAAACAGAACUUAUCAUCUAUGGCAUGUUAUAAUUUGUAUGUUGCAAUAAGAUUUAUUUGAGUGUCUCAGUGCAUUUGGCAAUUAUUACUAGUUGUAUACAUGUAUAUAUAUACAUUUUUAUAAUUAUUUUCGUGUUUAAAAGCAAUUAUAAAAGAAAUGAUAAAGUAAUCCAUAUUGUGAAUAAAAAUUAUGUUUAACAAACAUUAAAUUGCCUUUUGUAAAUAUUGACAUUCAGAUGAAUAAUUUUUAUUCAUGACAAUAAUUUGUCUAUUUAUAGUUGUAUUUAUCAGAUUGAAAUCAGUGCAUGUUCCGUAUUAAAUAAAUUAUUAUAAAGUUCUAGAAGAAUUAAACGGGUGAAUACAUUUUAAAGAUUAUUUAUAUAAAUUAAUUUUACAUUAACCUAUGUUCUGAAUGUUCAAAUUCUUAUGACUACAGUAAAAUAAAUUAUAAUAUUAUAAUGCAUAAAUAUACUUUAUAUUACAAAUGUUUUCUUAACAACAGCUCGAACUAAUUUCAAAUUAUUAUUAUCUGUGAAUCCAACAUGAAUUUACAAUAAUUCAGUAUUAAAUAGUUUUUUAGUAGCCGAUGCCAUGAUAAUAUUAUAUUGCUAGCGAGACAUACGACUUAAGUAUAUUUUUUACAAUAUUAUAAUAAAGUACUAUAUAUAUAUUAUUUGUGGGUAGGUGUCGCUUUUUAUUCAAAUAUUAAUCAAAGGUGUGUUUGACACAAAGCAAUCAUUAUUAAAAUAAAUAAGUGCGAAUAUUCCACAAGAGAAACUAAGAAGUAAAAAUAUAUAUAAAAGUAAAAAUAAUUGAUAAUUUCAUAUCGUUUUAAAAAAAAAAUAUCCUAAUGGUGAUUGUUUUAGUGGAAUGACACUCCUCACACGUGUGUGUUUAUUUUUUGAAUUGAUUUGCGACCUUCGUACAAUUUACAAAGUAUUUAGGUAUGUAUACAAUUGUAUGACAUAUGUUAAUAUAAGAUUUGAUUAUAUAGUGAACUUGAUGGUGCUUACAGUAUUAAUAUAAGCAAGUUACGAUUUGGAGAACGAUUAUAUGAAAGCACAUAACGCACACUCGGCACUAAAUUGAAACAGAACAUUUUUAAUAUUUCCUCUUUUUUUUUGUAUGUAUUUUCAUUUUAAUAAUCGUAGCGUUUAUGCUGUCUAUUUAUUGUUUUAUUUUGCUUGGCAAAUAUAUCUUAAUUUAUUAAUAAGCAAUAUAAUUUUAUAUAAAUGUAACCUGUAAAUAAGAUUUUUAUAAAGGCGACCGCUCUGUUGACGGCUUUGGUGUAAUAUUACGGUGAUUAUUACAUAACCCCUCGCUUGGAGGUAUUAUGGAGGCGAUUAAAUAAAUUGUUUUUAUUCAGUCUUACGGCAAAUGGUUGUAUGGCGCAGAAACGUUUAGUUAAUCGUCACAUGUACUGUUCAGUUAAAGGUUUAUGUACAUGUUUGUUAUUUAGUGACUAGGGUAUAUGUAUAUACCUUGUAUUUAAGUACGCUACGUGUAGAUUCAUAACGCUAACAUUACCCUUUGUGAUACACCAUACAAUAUUAGUGAUGUUCAGUCAUCAUCCCAAUUCUUUGAGUGAUUGGUUGAUAAUGCGGGUAGUGCGACAUUUUUCAAAAAAUUGUUAAUUUUAAAUGUAAUAAUAUCCUCAUGUGUAUAUUGAAACCAAACCAAGAUAUAAAUGUACAAUCUGUAAGUAUUUGAGCGAAGAUUAUUAUAGACUUCGCGUUAGUGAAUGAUUGUAAAGCGGUUUUGUUAGUAUUAGUGAAAUGUGACGAUAACAUUUAAACGCCCAUAUCGACCAAUCACAGUGUCCUCUACCGUCCUUGAGUUACAAAUUAUUUGUUGAUCGGCGCUAAAAUCCACAGAAACAGGCGGGGCUUAGGAACCCGCACAUUACACUGUCUCAUAAAUGUAUCGGAGUGUAAUAUAUUUAUGUUUUUUUCUGUAUUUCUCCGUUAUACGAGGCCAACAGUUGUCAUCGAGAAUAUUUGACCUUACCUUAAAGCAUUUUUUUAGUUGCAUAAAAUUAUGUGGUAAUCAGAAAGCAAGAAAGUUUUAUAUAGUCAAAACGUUGACUAGCGUUUCAUUCAUACAGAUCUAAAUACUAAAUAAUCUUAUAACACAAUUUUUCAUUACAAAUAUCUCUUUUAAAUUACUGAAUUUACUUUAAUUUGAACUCGUGAGAAGAACAUACAAGAAAGUGAGAACAACGGUCACUGUUUUCAAUCAAAUAAAAUACUUUACAAUUGCUGUAAUAUAUAUAACAAAUUAGUUUUGUUGGCUUUUUGAAUAAGGCGGUUCUUUAUUACUUUUUUGAAUUUAGAAGGUGUUAGGCAUGUGAUGGUAUUUGGAAUUUUAUUAGAACUGCACUACUGUGAUAUUACUUUAUCGAUUCCUGUCAACCUCAAUGACCGCUAAAACGCUCGUCACCCCGUAGUUUUGGAAAGAUAACAAAACAUCGAGUUAAAUUAAAAUUAUUAAUUUUCAUCGUGAAAUCAGUUAUUAUUAAUAGCAUUUUAUUUCUUUCAAAAUAUUUUUUUUUAAAUCGCGUGAAUCAAAGAAAAUUUAUAAAAAAAUAUUUGUCAUAAAUAAUUUAUAUUUCUUUUGUAAGACUAAAUGUACCUACCAACUGAAAACAAGAUUGUUACAAAUUAUUUGAUUCAUAAAAUGAUAGUUUAUCUGAGGAUUUUAGUGCACAUCACAAGCCCGGUACAAGAAUAGAGCAUUUACUAACAAUCAUAAAUAUAUCUAGAUGUUAUAGUAAUAUAUACAUUAUAUGUUGAUUUCUAUAGUUAGCUAUAGUCUUGUUUUAAUUUAAGAAUUCAUUUUAUACUUGUCCCCGUGAAUAUACUUAAAAAAAUAUUUUGUUGUUGUGGUGGGCCUUUGAAAACGAUCCAAAUGAUCAAUUGAUAUGUAUCGCUAUAGUGCGAAUUUGGCCUUAUUGCGACAAUGUGGCCGCAACAUAAGUUAAUCCUACUUUGACUACAAAACUGUAGUGCUUCGAUCGGAUACAAUAGUUACCUAUUAUUAAUGUGUUGACGGUACUUACCUACUUUAGUAUCUUUUAUACGGAUAUUACUUCACUCUAUACUACAGGGUGAUUUAGCUACUUACUUCUUAGUGUCGGAAAAUCGUGACGUAAAUUCAAAUUUUUUCCUUAUCGCGCCAUUACAAAAUUAAGAUUAAAAAUAAGAUAACUAAUUAAUUUAAUAAUCGUCAUAUUACAAAAGAAAAUAUUAUAUUAUUAAAUGAUUUAUUUGAAGAUUGAACCGAAUGUAAUAUUAAUUAACUAUUAGCUACUAGUAUGAUCUUUAAAGAAUGUUUUCAAAGGCGUUUGGGCACGAGUGACCUUUUCACGAAUAAAGCAGUCGUGACCGAUAAUCGUCCAUGUUAUUGUGAAUUUUUAUAAUAAAUUGUUAAUUUAACAUAAAAUUAUGCACGCAAUAAACUUCGAUUGAUAUUUGGCUAAUUUCGUAUGUGUAAAUUAGUAAUUAUGAUGUCUUGUAACAAUUAAUUAAUCGAGGAAUGGAGUUCGUUGUUAUAACUUUAGUUUUUUCAGAAUGUUUUUAUAUUGUAAUUUAAGUAGGUAAGUUUCUAUGACUAGUGAUGACGACGCAAUAAGUUUACAUUUCGACUGUUAGGGGGCGCUGCUUGUUCUAUGCUUAAAGUCGUGCUUGCUGAAAUCGAUUGCAGGCAAUACGACCGCCAUAUUACAUUACGUGUAAGCUGCAUGUGUAUUUUAUAAAUCUGUGUCGAUGUGCCUUUUUUAUUUAUUUUAACUUGUUCGUAAAUAGUUAACAGGACAAUUAUUUGCCAUUUAUCGGCAGUUAAUUUAUUAUUAUCACGUAGGUAAUUUCGUUUAUUCUCCGAUGAGAUAACUAAUGACUUGAUUCUAUAGAUUCUAUUAAUAAAAUUCUUAAACUGUGAAACUAUGAAAAAUAAAAUGUUAGGUAGUAAUGCAAGUUUUAUUUCAUAAAAUUUGUGACAUUACAGGCUUAAUUAGUUUUCAUAAUAAUUGUAAUUACAAAGAGACUAUUUUUACAGCCAGAGUUUCACGGCUUUUGGUAAAAUUAUUGUAAUAAAAGUAUUGUAUUAAUUUUGCACUAAAUUUAAAUUUGAACAUAAUUUAAAACUAUGAGAGCCUUCUUCAUUAGUUAUCUCGUCUGCCACUUCCAAGAAUAUUUGAAAACUCAUUAUCAAUUCUUGACCAGCAUUAAAAUAUUAUUGUGAAUAAAAUUAUUUUAAAGAAAGUACAAAUGGCUGUAGCGGAUAGCGAACAAAGCAUCAACUUAGUCUUGGUUGUUUUGAUAAUGUAGUGUUUAGUUUGUUUUCGCUUUACGUUUUGUUCGAACUUCGAAGUAUCCUUAGAUUUAUACAGGGUUAAAUGUUAAAUAACUAAUUCAUGAAAUUUCUUACACAAAUAAAAUUAUAUAAUAGAGAUUUGUGAAUGUUAGCAACCAAUAUACAAUAUAAAACUAAAUGAAAAUAAAUUUUAAGUACUCCAACGAUAUUGGUGAGUGACGUAGCAACUUUCACAAAUUUUUUAUUAUAUCUAUAUUUCUAUGAUUAGUUUGCAAACAAAAGCUGCAACAUAUUACGAGCAGUGACUUUACAAGUUCGAUGAAAUAUUCUAUUUUAUAACAGGGCUUAAAAUAAUUAACUAAUAAAAAUAACCCAAUAAAAAAAGUCAUACAAUAACUUUAAUAUCAUAGCACACCAAGGGCCUCUCAAAAGAAUUUCCUACGGGCCCCCUGCACUGUUGAUAAACUACAUGUAACCCUGUAUAGUAUUCUAAUUAUUUAAAGCUGGACAUUCACGGACGUCUUCACGAUAAAACGAUUGCAUCCAAAUGGACACAAUUAAAAUUCCCCGGCGCGUUUCGCGUCAAUUAGGCUCCGUCUAUUUCUGGUCUGGGUGGUUCAUGUGUGGUUUCGAGUGAGUUCCUAUUCUGAAUAGGAAUUAUUGUGUUUGGCUGCAGUUUAACUCUAUUGAUAAAAAUUAACAAAAUUAGACAUUUAAAUAUUUUGAAAUGGAUACACCAAACGAUUUUGUGGCGUGACAUCUCGGAGAAGACCAGCCUAGCGAAACUAAGAAAAAAGCAAUUGUACGAAACGUGCACUGAUCUUUUAAAAAACGUGGACAGGCGAAAUGUACUACGUUUUAAAGUAACUGUUCGCUUUCAAAUUUAGCCGGAUUAUACAUAAAUUUUUACUAAGGCAGUCCCGCCCUUUUUUACGUUGUAUUUAUACCAACUCUUCAACUAAACAGUAAACACAAAAUAGCCUCUGGCGGUCGCAUUAACUACGAUGCCGUUUGGCUUGGCGCGUGGGCGUUCAGUGGAGAUGUUGUUAGGACGCUCGUGAAUGGCCAGCCUUAUGAUUUGCCCACCCACCUAGCCGUUACCAUGUUUCAGAAUGCAUUUGAUUAAGUUUUAAACAUUUAUUUGGUAGCAAGUCUUGACCCCAAUACAUUAUUAUAAUAGAAAAUAAACUCAAAAAACAGUCACGUGAUAUAAGUGAGAGAUUUUUUAUGUUUUAUUAUAUUUUAUCUUUUAUUGCCAUAAUUAUUUGUUUAAAAAUUUCGUCCGUUGAUAAGUUCGUUAGUAAUGUGCAAUCAUCAUAAGGUUAGAAGUAUUUAAAUAUUUUGAAAAUAAAUUUUUGCCAGCAUAUACAUUAAAUCUAUUGUGAUUUAGUUAGUCGAUGUGAUUGUCUCUUAUACUAACGGCUUUAAUCUAUAAUAUUGGUAAAUGGAUUUAGUUUUGCAAAAAAAAAUUAUAUUUUGAUUUGCAAAAAAGUUAACCGCUACGCAAAAUAAUUGUUUUGACAGUUUGGUAACACAGCAGAUGAUCGACUGCAAUCUGUAUAAGAUGUCUUUAUAUUUAACGCACAUUUAAUAAACAUGUAUUUUUUAUUGAUUAACUUGUUUGUAUUUCGUACGCCUAUACUUAUUUUCUUCUUUCGAUGUCUGUUUUCUGACCGAUUAUGUCGUUCGUCUGCUUUGGGCCUUAGAUGUACAAACGAAAGAUUAUUGAUAUAUUACUAUAGGUAUUCCGAUCGCGAGUGAGAUAAUUUCCCAUGUCGACUAAUUAGCUAAUAUAACCAUAAACGUGUUUACGAUGAGUGAACGAAACGGAGGUAUUGUGGUACAAUAGUGACAAGUAGUAAAGGUCAAUGUCCGAUAUUGUCUCCGCUGCGCGACCGGAGUUUUAGCUAAACAAGUGAGAGGAAAUAAUAGAAUACCCGGAAAUCGGUACUCGUUACACGAAGCACUAACAGCCGUGGGCCGGAGCAUCGCUGGGUAACAUUUACCUAAUACGGAAUUUAUAUUAUGGUGUACAUUUUUGAUAUGACGUUGUACAAAAGAGACAUUUGGUAUGUUAUUUUAUAGAAAUGAAAUAAAUAGAAUUAAUAAAAA